CCCGAAAAUAAGCGGAACCCAUUCGAAACUUGUUUUAAAACAACCCGCCUUGUAUCCCUCGGUUUUGCGAAACCCUAGAAUUACCUCAGCGACGCAGCCUGGUGUAGGUAUCCCUUCAGCAUCUACUCUCCAGUUAGGACAAUGGCAGUUGCAGAGGCUGCUUGCACUUACGCGGCCGUCAUACUCCAUGAUGAUGGCAUUUCUAUCACUGCUGAGAAGAUCGCAACAUUGGUUAAAGCUGCUGGUGUGGAUGUUCAGUCAUAUUGGCCAGGUUUGUUUGCAAAGCUUGCUGAGAAGCGGAACCUGGCGGAUCUCAUAAUGAAUGUAGUAGCUGGUGGUGGUGGUGCAGUAGCAGUUGCAGCUGCCCCGGCUGCUGCUGGUGGUGCUCCUGCUGCUGCGGCUCCUGCUGCUGAGGAGAAGAAGAAGGAAGAACCCGCUGAGGAGAGUGACGAUGAUAUGGGAUUCAGCCUGUUCGAUUAGGAUCUCAUUUUAUUUUAAUUUGGUCCAGUGCCUCUUUUUGUGAUUUUGUAGUUUCCCAUCAAAUCUUUUUGGUAGUUGUUAAGUGACUUGAUAUUAGUAUUUGUGAACUAAAGGUUAUGAGGUUUAUUCACAAUGUUGAUUGCUACCUGAUAUAUAUGUAUUUUAGGCUCUCUUCGAGUUUUAUUAAAUAACUUUUAUUAUCCAUUA